AUGGGCCCGUGCGUGCACCGAGCCUCGGCCGCCGCCGCUCGGCUCGUUCCGGACGGACGUCACCCCUCUUACACCACAUCGGUGCCUUUGCCCGUCCCUGUGCAUCAGCACCUCCUCAAUGGGAAGCUGCCUCCGCACCCUCCCCAUGUCCCCCUAUGGCCUCCAACCCUGUUCAGCACUGAUGGAGUCCACCAGGUCAACCCCGGCCUCCACCAAGCCCUGGAGGCAGCUCCUGCUCCAUCCGCUGCCUGCACCAGCUAUGACUUUGACUGGGAUGCCCAUUGGGCCACCGUGGUGUGCCGGCAGCUCGGCUGCGGCACCGCGGCCACGUCGUCCCCGUACGCUCCCUUCGGGCAGGGCACCGGCCGCAUCUGGCUCCACAUCUUCUUCUGCCGUGGCCAAGAGGAGACGCUGCAGGAUUGUCCCCAUUUCGGAUGGGGCCAACACUACUGCGGCCACGAGCAGGACGUGGGGGUGACCUGCACAGACGCGUUGGAGCUGAGGCUGGUGGAAGGCAGCGGUCCCUGUGCCGGGAAGGUGGAGGUGAAGCUGCGGGGACAAUGGGGUGCGGUGGCGGAUGACACAUGGACCAUGGAGGAUGCAGAGGUGAUUUGCCAGCAGCUGGGCUGCGGCUCGGCCACCAAAGCCUACAUUGAUGGCAGCAGAACAGGCAGCGAUGAUGGUCCCGUCAAUGUGGUGCUGGUGAACUGCCGUGGGCAUGAGAAGGCGUUUUGGGAGUGCGAGGUGAGGGGCUGGGGGCCCUACAGUGCUCUCCAUGACUUCGACACCGGCGUCGUCUGCCAAGGGUUCUCCCGGCUGGUCGGUGGUGACGGCAGCUGCUCGGGGCUGCUGCAGGUGCGGCAGGGCCGAGCCUGGACCAGUGUCUGUGAGGAUGGUGUGGACCUGAACGCUGCCCGGGUUGUGUGCCGGGAGCUGGGCUGCGGUUCGGUGCUGGCUGUGGCCGGGCCAGGGCUGUUCCCUAUGGGAUCUGAGCCUCAAUGGGACACGGGAUUCGAGUGCACUGGCACCGAGCUCCUCCUCAGCGCCUGCAAGCGACGGGCACGGAGCACCCAGGGCUGCAGCGGCCAGGCCAGCAUCAUCUGCUCCUCCUACGGCGGCUUCCGACUGGUGAACCACAGCUCCCACUGCGCCGGGCGGGUGGAGGUGAUGGAGGGGGGGACGUGGGGGUCCCUGUGUGCCAGCGCCUGGGACCUGCCUGAUGCCCACGUCCUCUGCCACCACCUCGGCUGCGGCUCUGCCAGCUCCGUGCCCCCGGGAGGCUCCUUCGGCAGCGGCAAUGGGACCCUACGGGUGGAUGCCUUCGGAUGCAGCGGCACCGAGCGGGUCCCCAGUGAGUGCCCCGUGGUGGGGCUGGGGGAGCCGAGCUGCCCCCCAGGGCAUGCGGCGGCCGUCGAGUGCUCAGGCGUUACCGACUCCCUGCGGCUGCUGGAGGGUCAGACCCGCUGCGAUGGGCGGCUGGAGGUGACCACGAGCCCCGGCGCUUGGGCCGCUGUGUCCGCGGGGCUGCGGGACCCCCAGACCGGCUCCGUGGCCUGCAGGGAGCUGGACUGCGGUGAACCGGAGAGGGUGUACCCGGUACCGGCCCCCAGCGCCAUGGGGCUGCAGGAGGUGCAGUGUGCGGGCAGCGAGGAUGCUCUGGCGCAGUGCAACCGGUCGGUCACAGCCGUCGCUCCAAGGCAGGCUCUGGUUGUCGUGUGCUCCGGCAGCCGGCGGCUGAGGCUGGCAGGGGGCCCCGGUCGCUGUGCGGGACGUGUGGAGCUCUACGUGAACGGCGCUUGGAGCCCCGUGUGCCAGGACGGGUGGGACAUCCCGGACGCCACCGUCGUGUGCCGGCAGCUCCGCUGCGGGGCAGCGCUGGAGGCCUCCGGCUCCGAUCGGUUCGGGCCCGGAGCGGCUCCGCCGUGGACGGGAGCCGGUGGCUGCACCGGAUCCGAGGCUUCCCUUUGGGAUUGCCCAGCCCCGUUGGAGAGCGGCUGCCGGAGCGGCGGCGGGGCCGGUGCCGUGUGCUCCGGUCACCUCUCCCUGCGGCUGACGGGCGGCAGCGGCCGCUGCAGAGGGCACCUGGAGCUGCUCCAUAACGGGACAUGGGGCCGCGUGUGCGCCGACGGCACCAGCCCGGCCACGGCCGCGGCCGCCUGCAGGCAGCUGGGCUGUGGGGACGGGGGCAGCCUCGGCGCUGCCCCUGCCCCACUGCCGGCCCCCGCUUGGCUGGCCUGGGUGCGCUGCCCCGACGGGGCGCGCUCCCUGUGGCUCUGCCCCUCGGCUCCCUGGCGCCUGCAGCCGUGCGCGCCCGGCGGGGACGCGCAUGUGGUGUGUGCUGAGGACGGCGCCGAGGACGCGCUCACCCCGGCCCCGGGGAGCUCGUGCCCGCACGGGGGCGCGUGCACAGAUGUCCCCACUGCCACCCCCCCGCUGGCAGUGCCAACGGUGCCAACGGUGCUGAGCGUGGUGCUGGGGGUGCUGCUGUGCCUGGCGCUGGCUGGGCUGGCUCUGCAGUGGUACCGAGCCUGGGCUGCGAGGCCAGAGCCUGGCAAAGCCGUCGAUGCUGUCUAUGAGGAGCUGGACUACACCGUGGUGCCGGAGUACCAGCAGGUGCCCAGUCGCCCAGGCUCCCCAACAGAGGGCUCAGAUACGAAGUUGCCCUAUUACACUGCAGGGGAUGUGGAGGAGAGUGACCCCAACGCAGCCCCAGGCCCCCCUGCCCUGCCUGAGGACGGACCCCCCGAUGGCUACGAUGAUGCUGAGGCUGUGCCAGAGGAGCUCCUUGGCACUGGGGACACCCCCGAGGGGGUGGCACUUGUAGGUUGGAGCCGGCCCCCCCCAGGAGGCACAGGGGACCCCCCAGAGCAGCCGCCAGGGGAUACAGGCUAUGAUGAUGCUGAGGUUGGCACCUUGGGGACAUUGCUGUGAGGAUGCUGUGGUCACACCACACGAGGCCAUAGGGACACAAGUGUGGGUGUUGGGGCUCUGACCCCAAGGAUGGGUGGCCCUGGCUAUGGAGGUCACCUCUCCAUGCCCAGGACCACAGCACAACAGCUCCAGUGUCCCUCUGCCAGCAGCACUGCAGGGAUCUGGGUUCAGUUUCACUGUGAAUUCCCAUGGUUUUCCCUAUUAAAGCUCCAAA